AUGUUUGUUAAAGGGCAUGAAUCUUUGGCUUUCUGCAGAACUAGAACCUGCAACGCGUGUUUUUCUGCUUGUUCAUCUUGUAUACACCUUAGUCAAAUGGAAUUGAAGAGUGAUGAGUUUUCCGAUGAAACCGAUCGUUUUACUGUGGCAAGUCAGUAUUCUAUCAAUGAGGAUAAAACUGGUGACAGUUUACAGCAUACCCCCAGUGAAGCAAGCAAUUUACACUCUGUCAAUUCUAGUCAUGAUUCUUACUCUGAAAAUAUAGAAAGCAAAGCAACUAUAAGGCCAUCUGAUGCAUCUGUUGUGUUGGAAUAUCUUGGGAUUCAGAGAACCUUCUCAAAUAAGUAUGAUGGUUGCCUAGGUGUUGAAGGCCAUGAUGAUAAUAUUUCAUGUGCUAGUACUGCCAGUGAUGCGAAUGCAGCUUUUAGUUAUUGUAACAAGGAUUUAGAUGGUAAGAAUUCAUCUCGUAGUUCAGCAUCAGUUUGUAGUUUAGGAUCCGGAAAGGUCUUCUCUUCCCAGAAGCUAGACUUGUCAGAACUUCCUUCAAUAAAGGAGGUAGAUGCUGGCACUAGUUCACUGAGGACCCAAAGUUCUAAUUUGCAUUUUCAAAGUGGCAAGAGAGCUGUUGGAGGCAGUUCUAAGAUUUCUACCAAAAUCCACCCUAAGUCAGAAGCAGAUAUUGACAACAAUAGUGGGGACCCACAGGAUAAAGCUGGUAAAAGUUUGAAUGAGGAUGAACAAGAUGAGUCAAAUGAGUUGGUUGAGUUACCUGACAAGUGCGAGUCUCCUUUGCAAGCAGUUUCUGCAGAUGAGGGUUAUGAGUCUGAUGCUACAGAGCAUGAUGUUAAGGUAUGUGAUAUUUGUGGGGAUGCAGGACAAGAAGAUUUGCUUGCUAUAUGUAGCAAGUGUGCUGAUGGUGCAGAGCACACUUACUGUAUGCGAGAAAUGCUUCCAAAAGUACCUGAAGGUGAUUGGCUUUGUGAAGAAUGCAAGCUGGCUGAGGAAACUGGAAGCCAAAAGCAAGGUUUGGAUGCUGAGGGAAAAAAAGAAAACAAACCUAGCUCAAGUACACCAAGCUUAGUUAAGAAACAUGCAGAAAAUCUAGAGGGUGCUUUUGCUCUGAAAAGGCAGGCUGUCGAAACAAAUAUAGGAUCACCGAAAUCACUGAGCCCCAGCAGAAUAUCUGCUUUGUCUCGAGAGGGUUCAUUCAAGAAGUUAGACAAGGCGAAACUGAGGCCAUCUCCCCAAAUUUCUCUUAAUAAUCAUUCUGGUAAUGAUAUGGCAGAAACCGUACGAUCUCCUACUUAUGGCCCACGGCUGCAAACACCAAAGGGAACAUUAUUGAAAUCCAACUCAUUCAAUACCUUAAAUUCCAAACCCAAAGUGAAGCUUGUAGAUGAAGUUGUUCUUCAGAAACAGAAAAGUGCUAGAGAACGUGCAUCGCUUGGUAGCAAGCAGGAGCCUGCUAGAAUGAUGGGCAAAUCCAUGUCAUUUAAAUCUACAAACUCAAGACGGUUAAACAUUGGGGAAUCCAAGUUUAAAAUGCUAUCAUCUAAAUAUCCUCAUGUUCAAGAUCUGAAAGGAUUAAAGCAAGUUAAUGAGCGGAUAUCAUCAGAAAGGAAAAAUUUCUCGAAAUUGGAUCGCUCUAGUUCGACUGUCUCCACACCUAAGGUUGAUCAGAAACUGACACCUCGUGGUGAUAUAAUUUCUUAUUCUUCCGCAAGCAACAACCGAGAAACUAAGGUUGUUCAGUCUGAUGGAAAAACAAGUACUUUAUCAAGAAUAACCAGCAAUCUAGGUCGUAAAGGUGUAGAAAAUGCAGUUGCUGCAGCUGUUGGAGUUUCAUCCACCAAUGGGUGCAUUUCUUUUGAUCAGAAGUUAAACCAAGUAAGCCUAAAGGAGGAACCCUCAUCAAGUUCUUCAUGGACGGCUGAGAGGCAACCCAGUAACUUUAAUGGAGUUAUGUCAGAUGUUCUAUCUCGGUCAUUAGAUUCAACAAAUCAGAGUGAGAAGUCUAGGGAGAGCUCUGUUAGUCACCCCUCAAAAAGUGUCCCAUGCGUGAAAUGCAAAGAAAUGGGUCAUACAGCUGAAUAUUGCUCAGUCUCUCUGGCUUCUGGUGCUGAUCUGUCUGCUCCAAAAACAUUUAGGGAGAUAAAUAAAGGCAAUAAGUUGAAAGCUGCAAUUGAGGCAGCUAUCCGUUUGAGGCCUGGAAUAUUUGAAAGAACUUCUCAAGAUACAUCAUCAGUUUCCAAUAAGGCAAAGAAUAUGAUUUCUGUUGAAGUUUCUUCUGUUGGCGAUCUUUCAAUGAGAGAGAUCUCUGUCCCUCCUUUAGCUACAGUGUCUGCCGUCUUGAAGAUGUCAACCAUCCCAGAACAUGAAUACAUCUGGCAAGGGGCUUUUGAGGUGCAUAAAAGCGGAAAACCUCUUGAGUUUUGUGGUGGAAUUCAAGCCCAUCUCUCAACCCUUGCAUCACCUAAAGUGCUUGAAGUGGUCAACACUUUUCCCCACAAAGUUUCCUUGAAUGAAGUACCUCGCCUGAGCACUUGGCCCAUACAAUUUCACAACAAUGGUCCUAAGGAAGAUAAUAUUGCUCUCUACUUCUUUGCCAAGGACCUUGAAAGUUAUGAGAAGAACUACAAGGUCCUUGUGGAUACCAUGGUCAAGAAUGAUCUUGCCCUCAAAGGAAGGUUUGAAGGUGUUGAACUCCUGAUAUUCCCAUCCAACCAGCUUCCUGAAAAUUGCCAGCGUUGGAAUACCUUAUUAUUCCUCUGGGGUGUUUUCAAGGGGAGAAGAGCUAACUGUUCAGAUUCCUCAAAGAGUGCAUGCAUCCCUGAUGCAAGUAUGGUACGUUUGGAGAGAGAGAUAUCUACUGAUAUUCCUCAGCCAGUAGAAAAUGAAUCAGCUGCAUGUGACAGUUCACACAAUGUAGUCCCAGUAACCAUUGUUGUCGAAAAGAAAUGUAUCUCAACAGAUAGAGAUGGUAACAAGGACUCUUCUUUUGAGCAGACACAUGUGGGAAUAAAAGCAAAAUCAGAGGAGCAAGAUGGUAAAAUUGACACCAAAUUCUUGUCAAGAAUUGCAACAAGCAGCACACAGGUGCAUCCAGAAAUGAAAUUCACCAGUAAUCUGGAAGAGAGCAAAGUUCCAGAUUGUAGAUUUGAGUCUGAGCUCAAACCUUGUCUUCAAGCUACUAAAACCAAUAGUGGUUCUUUCAAAGUUGAGAAAGAGGAAAUGCAUGUUGGAGAAGACUAUCCAUCUUUAAAAAAUCGCCCCGCUGGAAACCAAGAGGCAGUUGUUGUGGGGAGGAUUGAUGGAGAUUCUGUUAAGAUUAGGGAUUCAAAGGACGAUGGGUAUUCAGAUGGAAAAACUUCUUGGAGGAGAGAUCUUGACUGUUGGCAGGUGAAUCAUCGGAAACGCCCAUUCUUGGAUCUUACAGAAACAGAUUCAGAAACUUCCAUUGAUACAAGUCAAAAAAUGCCAGGGAGUGAGGUUAAGAGAGUUUCUGUAGAUGUAGGAAGUGACGAUAAAAAGCUGGAGAUAGGUUUCAGUGGAAUAUACCAAUAUAGCAGUACUAGACAUCAAAGUCCUUUUAGUGAUAGUUUAGCAUCAGAUAGGCAUGAUCUGAGUUCUAGCUCUUCUGUUGAAGAGAAGAGAUGUAACAUUGCUUGGGAAGAAAAAGUUAUCCCGGAGGACAUGGGAAGUAGUGAAAGGUUCUUCUUUCCUGUAGAUUCACAUCGUGCAAGGGAACUUCGGUUGGGGGACAACUCUAAACUGUGGAAGGAGCUCUACAUAAAAGAUGAGGACCGAGUUCACAAUUCCUCUCCCAACCUUGAGCUUGCUUUGGGGGCUGAGAUGAGACCACUAAACAACAAAAUCCUGCCUUUCUUUGUUGAAACGGUAGACAAAAAUGACAACCUGGACAGGACCCGGGAUAAGGUGAUAGGAAAGGACGAGGAGGAUGAUGUAUCUGCCUCCCUUUCCCUUUCCCUCUCAUUCCCAUUUCCAGAAAAUGAACGGAAUGUGAAGUCUGUUCCUAAAACAGAGCAGCUCUUGCCCGGAAGGCAUCCUGUGAAUACUUCCUUCCUACUGUUUGGGGGCUUACCUGACAAAUAGUCUCAUGGUGAUCCUAGGUUGUUUGUACAUUACGUUGCCUUACUACAUGAGUGUGGUAAGUGUAUACCACAGAUCACUAGCUCUUGAAGAAUGGCCUUCUAUGGAGCUUUGUAGGAGAACCCACAUUCCAUCUGUUCAUAACCCAUACAGAACUUAGCAAUAACUUUUCUCUUUUGUUUUUUCUUGUUUUUCUUUUUUUGAGUGCAUAGACGUAGUGACGGCUGUCUGUAUAUAAAGAGAAUGAAAGCCGGCUUAUUUCAAAAUAUCACCAAGAAA